CCCAGCAAGCUUCUUGCUGGUUUUUGCCGAGAAACUCGGCCGUGUGUACGAGGCCUGACUUAUAGCCAAAGUGCGUAACCCAGUUAACCUGUAAGGUAUAACUUCACUGUAGAUAAAUCACUGCAUGGUCAGUGUUGUUUGGUUGCUUUGCAAUAAUUUUUAAUGUACAGAGUAACCCUACAUACGUCAUAGUGCCUAGAUAUCUUUUUAUUCUUCACAAACCACCAAUAGACAAGUAAUAACCAAAUAGUAAAAGCACAGCAGACAGUUGGACCAGUACAUACAUAUCUCUACAUGUAUUAAUAAGCACAUUCUGAAAAAGGCAGAAAAGUGACCCAAACUCCUCUUAUUGGCAGGUUACCAACUGCCCAAAUGGGUGUAGGGUACAAGGCCUGAUUACCAAAUUUGAAAAAGAGUUUGUCAUUCGAACGGAAACUGCAAAACAAUCCUGGGUGACAAGUAACCCCCGACACAUUAUAAUCUUUUCUGAAAUAAAACAUCUCCAUGAAGUUGUACAGAGAAACAUGCUUAAGGAUCAAGACACACUGAAAACAUUCGCUCAUGAUGAAAAUAAGUUCAGGAGGAGACUGAUGCCAAUAAAACUAAAGGUGAAGGAGCAAGCAAUAAAAAUCGAACAAUUACUCGGGGAGCUUCAGGAUCAGCUUACAGAGAUGAAGAGGCUGGAAGUAGACAUUGACAUCAAGGUGCGUUCCUGCAAAGGAUCAUGUAGAGAUGUUCACAUGAAUAUUAUAAACCUGGACAACUAUGAGAGCUGGAACAAACUUUUGAAUACAGUGAAGAAUUGUCAUCUAGCUGAAGAUAAAGGCAUGCGUUUUGUUAAUCUAACUUUAGCAAAUGUUACUGUUACCAGCUUCAAUGAACUGUUUCCUCUAAUGCAAGGAAAGGGUUUGAGCCUCUUUGAAGAUAUACCCCAGUAUAUGCUCAAAUUAGAAGAUGAUUAUAAAGAGAAUGAAAAUGCAUUGUAGCAAUCUCUCUAUGUAUUUACUUUAAAGGGAACCUGUACUUUUCCCACUAGUCAAAGUAAGAGAUAUGCUUUACAGAAGGGAGUGUCAACUGCCGUUACUUAUUUUCCAUUCACUUCUCCACUGGUCCUAUCUGCCCAAUGAAGUUCUCUCUGAGUUUCUACUGAGUCCAAUUCUAUUGUGCUUACACCUUCUGCUCCCAUAUAACUACACUCGAACAUGGCAAUUGAGCACUGAAGCACCUAGCAUUGCAUUGAGGGGAGGCAGAAGGAGUGUCAGGUGUUCCCAUCCACCCGAAUGUGGUGAGUAUUUUCUGGACUGUGAUAGUGAAAUUGGGCAGGGGAGCAAGUGGGAGGAAAGUAAAAGCUUCCAAAGCCCUCUACAAAGUGAAACUGUAAUUUUACCUAGUAUACGCAAAGUACAGGUUUGCUUUUAAUAUCUAUUUUUAUUUCAAUCCAAAUUUAAAGUGCAACUAAAGGCUAUUGUAUGACAGUCUAAAGUACCAAAUCCAGUUACUUUGUGAUACAUUUUCUUUACCGUUCCUGAUUGAACCAAGUCACUGCAGCAGCCUACAGGCUCCCUGAGGGUGGCAACUGUGCUUUUAAUUCAGGAACAGUGCAGCAUUGUUACAGCCACAUCAUCACAUGAAGUUGGAUGAGGUAGACUUUACUGGCAUGCUCAACAGGAACUAAGUGCAGAUACACUUAAAAUUAAGUGCUGCAGGACAUAUAUUCUUAAAUGAAAGGCCAUAGUUUUACUUUAAGUUUGUGCAACUUGAUUCUUGAAACAUAUAUAUAGAUAUAUAUAUCUAUAUAUAUAUAGAUAUAUAUACAGUGUAUACUGUGUAUUCUCUAUUUCUAAUUACCAUAUACACACCAAAUGUUUGCUAAUGAAGGGUCUCAGGGGCUAUAGUCAUAGAGAUUCCCAAGGACCACUAGACUGCAUCUGCAUAUUUGUCUGGCAAUCACACAUCUGUCAGAGGUAUAAUACAUCUUACUGAGAACAGGGUUGUCUGGGCUGUGAUAACACUGACAUGUUACUCUUUUGCUGUUAAUAUCUGAGUUGCCUUCACUGAUAGUUGUCAAUGAAAAUUAACACUUGCAUUGCCCCACAGCGAUAUAUUUUGGGGAUUAUUUAUUAAAGGAAAAUAUACUUUGCACUACAAAUGCAAACUACAAGUGCAAAGUGCACUUAGAAG